AUGGGUAGGGUAAUCCGCAAUCAAAGAAAGGGUCGCGGCUCGAUUUUCACCGCAAACACUAGAUUGAACAAGGCUCCAGCGCAGUUUAGAACCUUGGACUAUGCCGAGGCUCAUGGAUACUUACGAGGCGUAGUUAAGGAAAUUAUUCAUGACCCAGGUCGUGGUGCUCCUCUUGCCCGUGUUCAAUUUCGCGACCCGUACAGAUUCAAAUUGCACACCGAAACCUUCAUCGCCAACGAAGGAAUGUACACCGGUCAAUUUAUAUACGCUGGAAAAAACGCUGCUCUCACAAUCGGAAAUAUUCUCCCCCUGAAAUCUGUUCCCGAGGGAACAGUUCUUACAAAUGUCGAAGAAAAGGCUGGAGACCGUGGUGCGCUUGGUCGCACAUCUGGUAACUACGUUACUGUAAUUGGUCAUAACCCAGACGAAGGGAAAACUCGUGUAAAACUACCUUCAGGCGCCAAAAAAAUUAUCAAGAAUAGUGCCCGAGGAAUGGUGGGCAUCGUUGCCGGUGGAGGAAGAACAGACAAACCUUUGCUAAAGGCCUCCAGAGCCAAGCAUAAGUUUGCCGUCAAACGUAAUUCUUGGCCCAAGACUCGCGGUGUGGCAAUGAAUCCAGUAGACCAUCCUCAUGGAGGAGGUAACCACCAACAUAUCGGUAAGGCUUCGACAAUCUCAAGAUAUGCUGCACAGGGUCAAAAGGCAGGUCUCAUCGCCGCCCGGAGAACUGGUCUAUUACGUGGUACUCAAAAAGUUAAAGAAUAA